UCUUUGAUCACAGUAUCGAUCACCCAGGCCAAUACACAAAACAAGAUAGGACUAGUUUAAUAGCGAGGCAAUGUAAGAACGUAAAAAGGUAAACAUUAUAUCCUCGAUCGAAGUAGUAACCUCGAUAUACAAUGUUACAAUACAAGGGAGCUUUUAUAUUCAAGGAAUAUAAGUUGUGUAUUGGCGUAAUUAAAUCGACUUGUUAAUUAUAUAAUUUAAUUCUGACUUCGUCGUAUAAGAGUCCCUUUCUUCACUUGUGGCUGCUGUUGUAAACCGAAUGUACAGCUUAUUAUAGACACUUUUGAUAUAAAAGAUGGAUUUUUCUAAGUUCAGAACAACAGGAGAACUAUCAGACAUUACAGUUAUCGUGGAAGGAAAUGAUUUUAAACUUCACAAAUUUCCACUUUAUGCAAAAUCAGAAUUUUUCUGUAAACUUGCUAAAAAUACACCAAGUGAGUCAGGCCGGGUGGAGCUGACCGAUUUCCCGGGUGGUGAUGAAGUUUUUGGGCUCGUUGCCGACUUUUGCUACAACAUGAAAAUUGAGACUACAAAGGACAACAUUGUUCCCUUAAGGUGUGCUGCGGAGCUUUUACAGAUGACGGGGUCUGCAAAUCUGAUUGAAGUCAGUGACAAGUUCAUUCAAGAUACAAUAACUUCAGCCAAAAUGAGUCGUUCUAGCAGUGUUGUGGCUUCCAUGCUUCGCUCUUGUGUUUCUAUGAGUUCGUUGGCAGAAUCAUGCGGAAUAGUCUCCUCUUGCUCUGAUGCGCUAGUCGAGUGUUGGCUCAAACCACCAACAAAGUUCAGCUCGCCGACAAAUUCAAAGAAGCAAGGAGGCGACAAGUCAAUUAAGUCGUUACUUCUUAUUCCUUUUGAUUGGUUUUUGAAGCUCUUUACUAGUGCUAGAGAUAGGGGAGUAAGGCAUUCUCAUUUAGCAGAACUAAUGACUCAGUUUAUUAGUAAUAUAAUCGAACAGGAAGAAAAAGAAGAGAAGAAUAACAACAAAACAGAAAACCUUACAUCGACGCUGAGUCCGAGAGAUUCUGGGAGUAAUGUUGGGAAAAGUAAAUUAGACAUUGGACAUAUUAUAGACUCCAUUGUAUUAGAGAUUCCUGAAGAUGCUUUAUAUGAUGAUGCCGUUACUAUGGACUGGAUUACCAAGGUUCUUCGUAUUGCCACAGGACAUGGCUGCGCGUGUCGUCGUCUGCUAGUCAAAGCUGCUGGAGAAAUGCUGAACAGGUUAUCUGCAGAAGAUCUGUGUAUUGUUUCUCCAUCUCUUUUGCAUGACAUAGUGCUAGAAACCUGCAACGAAAACGGUCAAGCAGAAAAGGCGUCAAAUAUUGUGGACACAUACAUGUCAGAGAUGGUCAGAAAAGGCGUAUUAACCGCAGAGACUUACAAAUUGUUGGCUACAGCAUUACCUUCUGAUGCUAAAACAAACCAAGAUCAUAUGUACACUAUUCUGGAGUAUGUACUGUCUUCUGAAACUGAUAACUUAAAUGACGAACAACGACAAGAACUUAUCAACACUAUAGAUUUUAAACUAGUCACUGAAGAGACAUUGCAGAGAGCACUAACAACUAACAUAGUACCAGCGGUACACAUAGCACAAGGAGCAUUAUCGCUGUGUUCCAAACUUAGAACAGAACUCGAGUCGGCCAAAAGAUUGAACCAGAAACAAGAUGAAGAGAUUAAAAAAUACCAAAAACAUCAAAAUUCGUCCAAAUCCAGAAGUUCGGGGCUGUCAUCGAGAAAAGACGAUUCCCUGACUUUAAGUGAUUUAGACUAUCUUGAACCCACAAAAGAAAAACCUUCGUCUGUUCAAAUGUUAUCAGACACGUUGAAUGCUAGUAAAGAGGACUCGUUCUUGUCUGGACCCCGUACAAAAAUAUCCGAAUCCAAAUCACCGUACCAAUUUCGUUCUUUGGCAGCUCCUGAACAUGAUGGCACACAAGACGACGAAUCUUAUCAGUAUGAGCGUGGGUUUCGGAACUUGGACAAUUCUAGAAACAAACAACGAUCGCUUGGAUACGGCUAUAGACCGACGUAUUCAUAUUCGGGUCGGUAUUAAAACAUUACGGCAGGCAGUUACGGCGCUUUUACUUUUAUAUUGAACAGAAACAGAACCAGAGCUUCUUAAUGUGUCCGUGUUUACCCUUAGUGCACAUUCAAAGGAUUCUGCUGAAUUGAAAACAGAGAUUUUAAAAGAAAUUUUAUUUCAAGCAUGUCCCAGAUUGGUGUUUUAUUUACUCACAAAUGUAUAUAAUUAGCCCUGUCCUCUUUGUCAUUAACUGCAAAUCAAGACAUCUGCAUGGUGAAGAUUCAAUAUCAACAAAUUGAAAAAAAAAUAUUAUAAACUUUUUAAGAGGAUCACAAAAUACUAAUGACUUUAAAAAAAUAUGUUCAAGGUCAUAAGAACCGUGACAUCUAAGGCCAACGAUAUAGACGGGUGCUUUUACAAUAUUUGAAGCUAUAAAUUGUUGAAAGUUUUAAAAAAAAUGUGAAGAAAUUUAUAAACUAAACUUAACAUGUAUAUUAAUUAACAUAAUUCUGGCAGAAUUUAAAAGAAAUCCCAUUGAAGAUGUGUCUCUUCUAAUUUUAUUGGCCAGAGCAUUGUAUCGGAUUUCGUAGUGUAUAUUAUACUAUAUUAUAUAGGGCUCUAUAUAAACUAAUUACUUAAAUUCAAUAUAAAUUCUAUUAUCUAAAUGUCAAUUUUUGUUAAUGUCAUCAGAGAGAUGUACUACAAGAUAUUUGUAUUAUAUGUCGUGUAGCCUGUCAACAAAAGUUAUUUUAAUUGGGACAAUAAAUAGGCUUUAAUUUCUGUCAUUUUGGUCUCUUGUGGAAAGUUGUCUCAUUGGCAAUCGUAUCCCAUAUUUUUUUUUAUGUAUUUGUUAUUUAUUAUUUAUGCAAACAAGAGUCAAAUUCAAAGCAUAACUGUGAUAUUAGAACUGUAAUUAUAUUUAUUUAGUGUAUGUUGUGACAUGUUAUAUAAUAAAAACGUUAAUUUAUUUA